UGGCUCCCGGGGAGGAUGGACCCAGCGCGGCGCUCGCCGGGGCUUCCCCGGGCUGGAGAGCGCGCCUGAGUGCGGCCGCCCGCGGGGCAUGGGGAACCGCAGCCUUCGCGGCCCGACAGCGGAGAAGGAUGCUCCGGGGAGCGCAGUGCUCAAAAGGAGUGAAUGAAAUGUGCAGCUUGGGGUGUCGUUCCUGAAGGGAGGCACUGUUCUCGUGGAGAGGAGUCCUCCAUGAGCCUGGCCGAGGCCCAGGAUCUGUGUGAAGUGGACUAAGGAUUUAGUAGGAUGUCAACUGAGACAGAACUUCAAGUAGCUGUGAAAACCAGCACCAAGAAAGACUCCAGAAAGAAAGGUCAGGAUCGCAGUGAAGCAACUUUGAUAAAGAGAUUUAAAGGUGAAGGGGUCCGGUACAAGGCCAAACUGAUCGGAAUUGAUGAGGUUACUGCAGCUCGGGGGGACAAGUUAUGUCAAGAUUCCAUGAUGAAACUCAAGGGCGUUGUUGCUGGCGCUCGCUCCAAAGGAGAACACAAACAGAAAAUCUUUUUAACCAUUUCCUUUGGAGGAAUCAAGAUCUUUGAUGAAAAGACAGGGGCCCUCCAGCACCAUCAUGCUGUUCAUGAAAUCUCCUACAUCGCGAAGGACAUCACAGAUCACCGGGCCUUUGGCUACGUUUGUGGAAAGGAAGGAAAUCACAGAUUUGUGGCCAUCAAAACAGCCCAGGCGGCUGAACCUGUUAUUCUGGACUUGAGAGACCUCUUUCAACUUAUAUACGAGCUGAAGCAAAGAGAGGAAUUAGAAAAAAAGGCACAAAAGGAUAAGCAGUGUGAACAAGCUGUGUAUCAGACAAUUCUGGAAGAGGAUGUUGAAGAUCCCGUAUACCAGUACAUUGUGUUUGAGGCUGGACAUGAGCCCAUCCGUGAUCCUGAAACAGAAGAAAACAUUUAUCAGGUCCCCACCAGCCAAAAGAAGGAAGGUGUUUAUGACGUGCCAAAAAAUCAACCUGUAAGUGCUGUGACCCAAUUAGAACUUUUUGGGGACAUGUCCACCCCUCCUGAUAUAACCUCUCCCCCUACUCCUGCUACUCCAGGUGAGGCCUUUAUCCCAUCUUCGUCCCAGACACUUCCGGCGAGUGCAGACAUGUUCGGUUCUGUAUCUUUCGGCACUGCUGCUGUACCCUCAGGUUAUGUGGCAAUGGGGGCCGUUCUCCCAUCCUUUUGGGGCCAGCAGCCCCUUGUGCAACAGCAGAUCGCCAUGGGUGCUCAGCCGCCAGUCGCUCAGGUGAUGCCAGGGGCACAGCCCCUCGCCUGGGGCCAGCCGGGCCUCUACCCUACCACGCAGCAGCCCUGGCCAGCCGUGGCCGGGCAGUUCCCGCCAGCCGCCUUCAUGCCCACACAAACUGUUAUGCCUUUGCCUGCCGCCAUGUUCCAAGGUCCCAUCACACCACUGGCCACUGUCCCAGCCCCAGGUGACUCCAGCAGGUCAAGUCCACAAGCCGACAAGGCCAGGCAGAAGAUGGGGAAAGAAAUGUUUAAGGAUUUCCAGAUGGCCCAACCGCCCCCUGUGCCCUCCCGCAAGCCUGACCAGCCCUCCCUCACCUGUACCUCAGAGGCCUUCUCCAGUUACUUCAACAAAGUCGGGGUGGCACAGGAUACAGACGACUGUGAUGACUUCGACAUCUCCCAGUUGAAUUUGACCCCUGUGACAUCUACCACGCCAUCAACCAACUCACCUCCAACCCCAGCCCCUAGACAGAGCUCUCCCUCUAAAUCAUCUGCAUCCCAUGCCAGCGAUCCCACCACGGAUGAUAUCUUCGAAGAGGGUUUUGAAAGUCCCAGCAAAAGUGAAGAGCAAGAAGCGCCUGAUGGGUCACAGGCCUCAUCCAACAGUGAUCCAUUUGGUGAGCCUGGUGGGGAGCCCAGUGGUGAUAAACUAAGUCCAGAGGCCGGUAGCUAGAUAGCGCAGGUCUGGGAGCUGGAGCCUCUCUAUGCGCAGAUCAACAGACCUAAGAAGUAGCGUCGAUGCGAGUUCAUGGUGGAUGCUUCCAGACUGGCAUGGAAAUCAGCAUUGUGACAGGCUCUUGUAUUCUUUCACCUCACUCCAUCCCACAAAGAAAUUCAUGAUUGACCAGUGGAACUCAUUUGGAAGGGGGAACUAAGAGUUUUUUGGCAACCAAUGGCAGUUGUUUAUGGCAGCACAAAACAAACCAACACAAAGAAACCACAAAAGUAUUUUUUAAAAAAAACCAUACCCAACUUUAAAUCACAAAUCAAGCAAAUGAUUCCUUGGCUAGUAUGCUGAACUUUAUUAGCAUGGAUUUCAUAUGGCCUCAUAUGAAAUAAUUGAUAUUUUAAUUUCUCUACCUGUUUACCAUUUGUAGAGACAUCACAUUUGGAGUGACAGGCCUCAAAAAUUACAACAGGGUUGGCACUGACUACUUUCAGCCCAAAGCAAGAGGUCCUCUGUGGGAUGAUUAUUUUUGUCACUCUGCAGAGUCUUGUCUGCCAUUCCCCCCACUCUUUUCUUUCUAAUGUUUAAAAAAUUAAUGGGUGUACAAAUUUUUGUAUUGCUUUUGACUUUCUUAUAUAUGAAUGAAGAAAUCUAACUGGGGGUGGGGUGGGAAGCCACCAAUUAAAUGAAGUAACUUGAAAUCACAAGGCAAUUAAGUGGUGGGUGAGUAUUCUUUAUGGUCAAGAAAGUUGCCAAAACAGCCAUUUAGCUUUUCUGCAUCCUGUUGAAGAAAGAGAGCUUUGGGUUGGAACUACAUUGUGUGAGCAGGAAAGGACAUGGAUUUCAUUGAUGAGAAAGACAAAACUCCAUUUGAUUUCCUAAGAAGCUCUAAGCGCUGAGUACAAUAAAUGGAUAUUUUUUAUUUUUCUGAUACCUUGCUGCUGUGAUGCUCUGCAGACAAGUGUCUUCUCACGUGCCAUUUUCAAAGAAAAGUCAUUUGCCAAAUACUUCUGGAACAAUCCUGGUAAUACGGUUUUGAAUCUUGAACAACCAACUUUCUAACAGAACAGUGAUGACAUGAAUAUUCAGAGAACAAACUGAUUCUGGGGUCAUAACAGUUCAUCUCAAUCUCUUUUUGUACAUCAGAAAAUUCAAAUGGGAUUUUUAUUUUGUAACUUGGAGAAAGAAAAAAACUUACCAUUAAACUCUUUAAAUAUUUAAAGGAAA